UUUCUCUUUCACCUUCUUUCCAGCAUGCCGCCUGUAUCAGACACAACAUCCGCAAGAAGGAGUGUUGCUUCUUUAAAAAAGGUGCCAGAGAGGAUUUGUGCAUGUGUGGCUACGGGAAGAGCCAGCAUGCAGCCGAGGCCAUCAAAGAGGAGGACUUCGAUGGCGAGGUGUGGGACACACACAGACAUGUUCGUGAAGUACCCACAGACGCUUUCGGGGACAUCAGCUUUGGUGGUUUGAGGCAGAUGACAACCAAGCGUUCAUCUGUCACCACAACAGUUUUCUCAUCUACGAGUCUCUGGAGCCGCCCACGCUGGCCAGCUGAAUCGUCCUGGCAUUGAAUAUACCGAUGGAAUGAGCGGCGGCACGUUGAAGGAUUCCUUCAACGUGAACGAACCGGAUGAGGGCUUCUCCUCUGGGGCGUCCAACAGCAGCCAGCCCAGCGGCACCAGAGCGGGCUGCGGCGGGGGUGGCGGCCCGAGGGCCGGCAGCCUGAGCAGCAGCAGCGGCGGCAGCAACAUCAAGAAAGCCAUCACAGCUCGACUGUCCCGGGAGAAGGACCGAGACAGACCCGAGUCUCAGAACGUGUCAGCCGGGGCGACUCGGCAGAGGAAACCGUCCCCGCCGGCCAGCAUCGAACUGGACGCCAUUCAGCUGAGUCCCAUCAAGAAGCACCUGAGUUUCCCCGCGGGACCCCCUCUGGUACGGACCGGCAGCACCUCCUCCAGCAAGUCUUUCGACUGCAUGACCUUCAGUCUGAACGGGGGCAGAGAGGACCAAGAGGGCGGCGCAGGAGGCUCAGACCGGGAACGGGGGCGUCCUGCAGGCUCUCACCGCCACUCCACUAUCAGCUUGCAGGAGGCCCACUUGCUCAGGCCGGAGGAGGCCCAAGACCUGCUGUCCCCGGGAGCCCCCCUCACCAAGCAGUCCCGAUCCCCCAGCUUCAACAUGCAGAUCAUAUCGCAGGUUUAAGACCUGCACCGCCAUUUUGGGUGUCCCCCAACUUCCCCCAGCAUCUUUGUUCCGCUGUUGUGGAAAAGCAGUACAAAAUGGCCACCGCAGGUCCAAAUCCCGUUUCUGAAGCACCCAUCACAUCCCUCACUUGAGCAUUCCAGGCUCCUUAAACACAGGAACGUCCUCACGGAUGCUAGGCUAGGUCGUCGUGGUUCCAUGACAUUUCACCCGUGGUUUGAUUCCCUGACUUGAAUCAGUCGUCACCGCAACAAUGCUCGCGCGGAAAAGCGUUCUUGCUCUUCAUUUCCCUCCUUUAUCUUCCCCCCCGGGCUCACGUGCAAUCUCUCUCGCUUCAUUAUCCUCCUUAACUAUGGAGGACCAAAACUGCCAAAAUAAUAAAUCAAUAAAUAAAUAAAUACAUAAAA